AUGGCCAGCUCUGCCUUCGCUGGUUCGGCCCACCACAACCAGCCCUCCCUCCCUGCCCUGCCCCAGCACCAGCAGACCGAUGAACACAUAACAGCACACCUAGGCAGCCGCUUCCACCAGAAGCUUGCCGUUUCGUCUCUAGGCUGCCAGGGCAUCGUUUCGCUCAACACCUACAAAGACGCCAGCCAGGGUCCCGAUGGCGGGAAAGAUGGGAGCGCCCAACAGGCCGUCGAGGACCUCGCCCAGCGUGUCUACACCCGUAUGGGCCACCGGUCCGAGGACCAGGCUGUCGUCUUUCUUGGUGAAUCCGGCUCUGGAAAGACGACCCUUCGCGGCCAUUUGCUGAAAGCCCUUCUUUCCCAUUCCGCUACCCCCUUGUCCAAGAUGAUCGAAUCCGCAAACUUUAUCUUCGACGCCUUCACCACCACCAACACAACCACCAGUCCCACGGCCUCCAAGGCUGGCCUCAUGUUGGAGCUCCAGUAUGAGACUGCCAACAACUACGCUACCCUCCUCGGCGCCCAGUUCAUCGCACAUCGCCAUGAAAGAAGCAGGAUAGCAUCCGUUCCCACGGGAGAACGCAACUAUCACAUCUUCUAUCACAUGUUGAGCGGUCUAAGCCCGUCAGAGAAGGCCCAUCUCCACCUCGACUCGAUCGCAUCCGAGGCCGCUGGAACCAGAACGUCCGUAGGAGCCCGAAAGCGAUGGCGGUACCUGGGCCAUCCAACAAUGCUCAAGCUCGCCAUCGAUGAUAGACGCGGCUUCGAAGAGUGCAAGGCAGCCUUCAGGAGGCUGCACUUCUCCAGCGGAGACAUAGGCGGCAUCUGCACCGUCCUCGCCGCCAUCCUCCAUCUUGGCCAGCUGGAAUUCGAGACCGGCCAAAAGACCACUCCGGCUGCAGACGACAGCGGCGGUUACUCGCACGAAGGUGGCGAGUCGGUCACACUCGUCAAGAACCGAGAGUCGUUGGUUGCCUUGGCUGCCGUCCUGGCCGUGAAUAUGGAUGAGCUGGAGCAGUGCUUCCAGUACAAGACGGCGCACGCAGGCAACACUCGAUACACGGUCAUUCUGGAUCCACGCGGUGCUCGUGCUAAAGCAGACGAGCUUGCACGUGCCCUGUAUUCGCUGCUGCUUGCCUAUGUCAUGGAGCGCCUGAACAAGGAGCUCUCCCAACUGCCCGAUCAGGUAGUCAACACCAUUUCCGUGGUCGACUUCCCCGGAUUCGCUUAUACGUCCACCACCGGCUCCGUUCUCGAUCAGCUCCUGAUCAAUUCUGCCAAUGAAGCCCUCUUCAACUUUUGCCAGCAGAGCUUCUUCAACCGACAGAUCCAGGAGAUGGAAGCCGAGGAGAUUGCCAUCCCCGAAAUGGAAUACUUCGACAACAAUAACGCAAAGGUCGGCCUGCUGAGGUCCGGGAACGGCCUGCUAGCCAUCUUGGACGAUCAGGCGCGUCGCGAGAAGACCGACCACCAGUUCCUCGAAGCAAUCCGCAAGCGCUUUGAUGGAAAGAACGAUGCCAUCGUCCCCGGUAGCUUGAUGGUGAAACAACCAGGAAGCAACUUUGCAACCCCAAAUCCGUCGGCGUCCUUCACCAUCCGCCACUACGCCAUGGACGUCGACUAUCCGGUCGAAGGCCUGCUCGAGGAAAACCGUGACAUCGUCUCAGCCGAUAUGGUCGCCCUCCUCCAAAGCUCACGUAACACGUGUGUAAACCAACUGCUGGGCCAGGAGGCGUUGAACAAGGUCACUCAUCCCAAGGAGAGGACAGCCAUCAUGGAAGCGUCCGUCAGCUCCAAGCCCAUGAGGACCCCGAGCGUUGCGAGGCGCAAACCGACCACGACGGGCCGUGCUGGCCGUCAACGCGGCCCCUUCGAGGAGGACGCCAUGAGCGAUGCUGAUAGCACUGUGUCCGGCGGAAAGAAGGGCGGUGGGAACCGGAAAGGCACCGGCGCGGCGGCCCAGGUCGUCAGCGCCCUGAAGAUUCUCGAGUCUGCCCUAUGCAAGGCCAACGCGUACUUCGUCUUCUGCCUCAAACCGAACGACCGGCGCAUUGCCAACCAGUUCGACACCAAGUGCGUCCGCACGCAGGUGCAAACCAUGGGCAUCGCCGAGAUCAGCAAACGCCUCCGCGUCGCCGAUGUCAGCGUAUUUCUUCCGUAUGGGCAGUUCCUCGGCUUGGCUGCCCCCGAAAUCGACCUCGUAGGGAGUGAGAAGGAAAAGGCCGAGAUGGUUCUGCGUAACAAACCCUGGCGAGACAACGAGGUCCGCCUUGGCGCGACCGGCGUCUUCCUGAGCGAGAAUCGCUGGUUGGAGAUUGCCAACAUCGCCGACAUUCCCCCCUUACCCGUGGGGGUGUCGGCUUCCGAGGACAACCUCCUCUCGCCUGAGGCCGCCCGUUCUUUCACUGCCGAUCCCAGAAGGGGUCUGCUUGACCCCUCCCCCUACAGCGAUGACAAACGCCGCAGCUAUAUGGAUGCUCCGUCCGAAGCUGCUUCGGGCGGCGACAUGUUUCAAGGGGUGGAAAAGGCGGAACUGGUUAGUGAGAAAACUGGACGGAAGGGUCUCGAGAAGAUCGAUGAACAAGAAACCAAAGCCAGCCGCAAACGUUGGCUCUUCCUCGUCUACCUACUUACCUGGUGGAUUCCCGACAAGUUCAUAGAAUGGUUUGGAAGGAUGAAGCGGCAGGAUGUGCGGACUGCAUGGCGCGAGAAGCUGGCUAUCAACAUGCUCAUCUGGCUGACCUGCGGCUUCUUCAUCUUCCUCAUGAUUGGCUUUCCUGCCGUCAUAUGCCCCACGCAGCAUGUCUACUCCCCCGCCGAGCUCUCGCACUAUGAUGCCAAGGACGGUCGUCCUGCUUAUGUCGCUAUGCGCGGUAUCGUGUACGACCUUGGCAAGUACAUUCCGGCCCAUUAUCCGUCAAUCGUUCCUCGCCAGCAGCUGGAAAGGUAUGCUGGUAAGGAUGCGACCAACCUGUUUCCCGUUCAGGUCAGCGCUCUGUGCAAUGGUGUUGGUGACAGCGGUAUACACCCGGGCGUGCAGCUCAACUACAGGACCUCCAACUAUACGGACCAGACCAACUUGAUCAGCACGACGGACAAGAACGCCCGGUAUCACGACUUCCGAUGGUUCUACAAUGACUCCCGUCCGGAUUGGUGGUACGAGCAACAGAUGUUCUUGAAAUCGAACUACAUGAAAGGCCGGGUAGGAUACAGUCCCCAGUACCUCAAGACUCUGGCCACCAAGAAGAACCAUGCCAUUGCGUACAUGUACGGCAAGGUGUACGAUUUCACCGAAUACAUACCUGGUGGUCGUGAAGUCAAGGAAAAACUCAACGGAGAGCCGGGACCGGAUAUGCCAGCGGAUCCUGACUUCAUGCAUAAAGAUGUUGUCGAAAUUUUCCGAGUGCAGGCUGGUAACGAUAUCAGCAAGUACUGGGAGGCGUUGAAACUGGAUUCCAAGACGAGAAAAAGCAUGCAGCAGUGCUUAGACAAUCUCUUCUACGUGGGCGACGUUGACACGCGUAGUUCGGCCAGGUGUCUCUUCGCAAAGUACUUCCUGCUGUCCAUCUCCAUUCUCAUGUGCAGCGUUAUCCUGGCCAAGUUCAUUUCUGCGCUCCAAUUCGGCAAGAAGAACAUCCCAGAGGACCUUGACAAGUUCAUCAUCUGCACCGUCCCUGCUUAUACGGAGGACGAGGAAUCUCUCCGACGUGCCAUCGAUUCAGCCGCCACCAUGAAGUAUGAGGACAAGCGUAAACUGCUGGUCGUCAUCUGUGACGGUAUGAUCAUUGGUCAAGGAAACGACAAACCCACGCCGAAUAUCGUGCUCGAUAUCCUGAACCCAGAUGGGACCGCGGACAAUGCCGAACCGCUCAGCUUCGAAAGUUUGGGAGAAGGCCUUAAACAGCACAACAUGGGCAAAGUGUACUCUGGGCUCUACGAAUGCCAAGGUCACAUCGUUCCGUACCUAGUGAUCGUGAAGGUGGGGAAGCCGUCCGAAGUCGCAAAGCCCGGUAACCGCGGCAAACGAGAUACCCAGGUGCUCAUCAUGAGGUUCCUCAGCCGGGUUCUGUACAAUCUCCCGAUGAGCCCGCUCGAACUCGAGAUGUAUCAUCACAUUCGCAACAUCAUCGGUGUCAAUCCCCAGUUUUACGAGUUCCUCCUGCAAAUCGAUGCCGACACUGUCGUCGCUCCGGACUCCGCUUCACGAUUCGUCGCAGCGUUCCGCCUGGACAAUCGCCUCAUCGGCGUCUGUGGUGAAACGGCCCUCACAAACGCGAAGUCGUCGUUUGUUACCAUGAUGCAGGUGUACGAGUACUACAUAUCCCACAACCUGACAAAGGCCUUCGAGAGCUUGUUCGGGUCCGUGACGUGUUUGCCCGGCUGCUUCACCAUGUACCGCAUCCGAGAAGAGGGCGGUAAACCGCUUUUCGUCAGCAAGGAAGUGGUGCAAGAAUAUUCCAGGAUCCGGGUCGACACUCUGCACAUGAAAAACCUGCUUCAUCUGGGAGAGGAUCGAUUCUUGACCACAUUGCUGCUGAAGUACCACCCCAGGUUCAAGACCAAGUACCUUUUCCGUGCCCAUGCGCAGACGGUGGCGCCUGACAGCUGGAAAGUCUUCAUGUCGCAGCGUCGCCGCUGGAUCAACUCUACAGUGCAUAACCUCGUCGAGCUGAUGCCGCUGCAGCAGCUUUGUGGCUUCUGCUGUUUCAGUAUGCGCUUUGUUGUUUUCCUGGAUCUCCUCUCUACGGUUGUGGCGCCCGUCAUUGUGGUUUACAUUGGCUACCUUAUCUAUAUCCUGGCAUAUCAGCAGGAGAUCGUCCCGAUUACAGCUUUUAUCCUCCUUGGAGCCAUCUAUGGGCUUCAAGCCAUCGUCUUUAUUCUGCGCCGUAAGUGGGAGAUGAUCGGAUGGAUGCUCAUCUAUCUCAUUGCGACACCUGUCUUCUCCUUCGCCCUGCCCCUUUAUGCCUUCUGGCAUAUGGAUGAUUUCUCGUGGGGCAACACGCGAAUCGUGACCGGCGAGAAUGGCAAGAAGGCCGUCCUUUCCGACGAGGGUACUUUCGAUCCCAACAGCAUCCCCAAGAAACAUUGGGCCACCUACCAGAACGAGUUAUUGGACAUCCGCACCCUGCCCGACGAUCGCUCGGACGUCCGCUCCGAGAUCUCCGGCGUCUCCUAUGGAACCAAGCACUUCAUGGGCUCCGCCUCUGUGGCAGGCUCCGAGUACGGGCAUUACCCACCGUCGAGGCCCAUGUCGCAUCUGGAUCUCCCGCGCUUUGGCAACAAUUCUCGCAUGAGCCUGGCGCCUAGCGGGUACGGCUCUUACGAUAAUCUGGAGAUGGCGAACUUAAAUCUGCCAUCCGACGAUCAGCUGUUGGCGGAGAUACGGAAUAUCCUCAGCGAGUCGGAUCUCAUGACCAUCACUAAGAAGGCGGUCAAGAUUGAGCUGGAGAAGAGAUUCGGAAUGGAUCUCACGCUGAAGAAGCAGUUUAUCGGAAGCGCGGUGGAGAGCCUCAUCAUGAGUGGCGACUUCCGUUGA